AUGGAAAUCGGGCGAGUGUUUAGAACUGUUUCUGGUUUUAUAUGAAACUGGUGAUUAAUUGUUGUGGCACAUCUGCAAGGAUUUUUUAUUUUUAUUUUUAUUCUCACUGCCUCUUUUCUUUUUUCCUCUUCCACCGAAAGGUUUUUAUGGUAUGAGCGGCUCCCCGCUGUGAAUUUCCAGAAACUCAUCUCAAUCUUUAUUUAUUUUUCUCUUUUCCAGUAUUCCUCAAUCUAAAUGGAAUUAGUUGAGCCCGAAGCCGUUUGUGAAAGGAACAGACAUGGUACAUGGGCACAGCUUCCAUCACGUAGUUGCAAGUCUUCUCAUACUUGGGUUGUCUGGGGCAACAAAGAAGGAUACAGCAGUGAAGAACAAUUCUGGAGUGAAGCCUGCAGGUCAAUGUGGAACGUGGGUGAAAGAACCAGACGGAGGCCUCUUCACUUCUCCCAACUACCCGAACAAAUACCCCCCAGACACCGAGUGUGUUUACAUCCUUGAAGCACCCCCGAGGCAGUGUAUCGAUCUGCAUUUUGAGGAGAAUUACUCAAUCGAAUCCUCUUGGGAAUGUAAAUUUGACAACAUCGAGGUUCGGGAUGGACCCUUUGGCUUCUCCCCAAUACUCGGACGCUACUGCGGUCAGCAUAGCCCGCCUGAUAUCAGGAGUAGCGGCCGAUAUCUGUGGAUAAAAUUUGUUACUGAUGGAGAACUGGAAGCGGUGGGAUUUUCAGCAAGUUACAACUUCACUGCAGAUCCGGACUUUGCAGACUUGGGAGUUCCUCCACCUCUGCCCUCCUGUCAGUAUGACAUGGUUGGUCCAGAGGGUAUCGUUGAGUCUCAUCAGAUCACCAGAGACGGGAAGGCUGGCGCUGCCGAGGCCGUCGACUGCAAAUGGUACAUCCGUGCUCCGCCACGCUCCAAGAUCUACCUGCGUUUCCUCGACUAUGAGAUGGCAAAUUCCAACGAAUGCAAGCGCAACUUUGUGGCAGUGUACGAUGGCGGCAGUUCGGUGGAAGACCUCAAAAGCAAGUACUGCUCCACGGUGGCCAACGACAUCAUGCUGGUUUCCACGUUGGGCGUCAUCCGCAUGUGGGCGGACGAGGCCAGCCGCAAGAGUCGCUUCCGCAUCCUUUUCACAACCUACCAAGAACCUCCUUGUGAUGCAGAUGCCUUCUUCUGUCACAGCAACAUGUGCAUAAACAACACACUGGUGUGUAACGGCAUGCAGAACUGUGUCUACCCCUGGGAUGAGAACCAGUGUAAAGAGAAAAGAAAAGCCAACAUCCUCGACAACCUGAACAACACAAACGGGACCAUCAUCGGUGUCACCUGUUGCAUCGUCCUCAUCCUCCUCAUCGUCUCCGUCAUAGUCCAGAUCAAGCAGCCACGUAAAAAGUACAUCCUGCGGCGUGAGGACUUUGACCCCACCAUGUUCCAGGAGGUGUUUGAGCCACCUCACUAUGAGCUGUGUACAUUACGGAGUGCCACCACAGCCGCAGCAGCAUCAGCAGACUUAGUAGACCUGGCGGAAGACUUUGAGAACUACCACGCCCUUCGCCGUGCCUCCUCCCGCUGCGUCCACGAUCACCACUGUGGGUCCACCUCCAACCCCGGCUCCGCCCACUUAUCCCAGCUGUCACUGAGUGGACGAGGAAGCCGCGGAAACUUGAGCGGUCGUGACGGAGCUGCGGCCACCCUGCUCACCGACCUUCCACAGCCGCCCAUGGCAGUGCGGCCAUUGCUGCCGGCCACGGCAAACCGCAGGAGCAUCUUGGUCAUGAAGCACAGCUACUCACAAGAGGCAGACAAUGGAUGUGACCUGGACGACGACCUGGAAGAAGUUCCCACCACCAGCCACCGGCUUUCACGCCACGAAAAGGCAGUACAGCGGUUCUGCCUCAUUGGCUCUUUGAGCAAACAUGAAUCAGAGUACAACACAACUAGGGUCUAAGAGACAAUCUCAAGACUUCUUGAGAAUAGUGAAAUCCUGGAUCAAUACGAACGGGCGUCACUGACAUAUGAAAGAGCGGAGCGGAGAUUUACACCAGCAUGAUGCUGAUGAUGAUGAAGGGACACUGUGACGACUGAAUAUGUGUUCAUGUGCAAAGACGACACAAAGGACAGCUGCAAUGCUGUUAAGCUCAGCUCUGUGUUCUACAUACUGUAGGCAGUCCAGAGUUUUUUGUCCCCAUGGAAUAAUAUGGACCUUUACGAUGAACGUGAUUAUUGACAUUUAAAUUUGGGACGUUAGUCAGAAUCAUAUCUGUCAUUGUCCUCGCUGAUGGCAAAAUUAUGUGGUUAAACAUCUUCAAGUUCAUUUCUACGCAUGUGUUUUUUAA